GGCGCAGUAUAAAUAAAACGGCUUCAAAAUUGAUCCCUCAACAAUGGUGUCCACUCGGGGCCAUAAGUAUAAGUUUAUGGAUGGUGAGAAAGUGCUAUGUUACGAGCCGGACCCCACCAAGGCAAAAGUGCUGUACGAUUCAAAGGUGCUAGAUGUUUCCGAGGGAAAAGACAAACGAGGCCGGCGCGUAAUUGAGUAUCUGAUUCAUUUCCAAGGAUGGAACUCGUCUUGGGAUCGAAAGGUUAGCGAAGAUUUUCUUCUCAAAGAUACCGAAGAAAACCGGCAGCUGCAGAAAGAUUUGGCAGAAAAAUCGCAGCUUUAUCAAGGUACUUAUUUGUAUCGUAAAGAACGAAAGAAGCAGAGGGAUAAGAGUUUAACAGCACGCAUCGAAAGUUUGACAACCAGCACUCAAAAGAUACCCAAUCUGGCUUCCUCGGAAGAGGGCAGUUCCUGCAGCAAUGGUUUCGGACGAGAAGAGACAGACUUUACCGCUACUAUAGAUGCAAAUUUAGACCCGGAUACAGAAUAUUACAGCAGUUCGGUGGAGAGCACUCAUGAAGAGGAAAAAGUUUACGUUGAAGUUGGUGACCGAUUGAAACGGCUGCUCGAAUUUGACUAUCGAAUGAUUGCCCAGAACAAUCUCAUCGAAGUUCCUGCUCAGCUUCCAAUCGUAACUAUUCUGGAGAACUUUGUCCGACAUUACACAAUCCGGCAAUUGUUCGAAAUUGGCCAAGGACAGACGAAGCUACGCCGGCGGAACAGUUCUUUCAUAAAAGGCGACCAAAAAACUAAGGACUAUGAAACCAUUCGUACAAAUAUUGAGCUUUGCAAGGAAGUCGCUGAUGGCUUGCGGCUGUAUUUUGAUUUCACCCUGAAGGAUUACUUACUUUAUCCGCAAGAGCGGCAGCAAGCCGAGCUAGUUCUGUCUCCUGAAUAUCUCGCGAACUUCACAUAUGUUGCAUCGCCAACGUUUUCGCUAGACUUACUAACCACGCGGCUGGAAUCACCAGCGGUCGACCCUGCAUUGGAUCACGCCGAGGCAACGAUGUCCGCCGCCAGUCUGACUGCAGCUCAGGAGGAAAAAAAGCGUCGUCGAUUGCGUUCGCACAAGAAUGAGGAAAACGAGUUUGUUCUCGACCUGAGCUCGAUUAAGCCGGAAACACUGACACCGGGAGCACCCCAGGCAUUAGCGUAUUCCCUGCUGAAGGCAUCCUUUCGCUCGAGUAUUACUAUUUCAUUCCAAACCAAAGAGAUUUUGGAUGAUGCUUUCGGGUGGAAAAUUCUGCCAUCGAACGCUCCGGCCGAACCGUCGAUGAUCUACGGUGCCACUCAUUUGGCACGACUAAUCAUCAAACUACCGGAAUUUCUUUCCGCUACGGCAAUGGCGGACGAAAAGUUGAAACUGUUGCUGAAGUUUCUCGAUUGUUUCUCCGAAUUCAUCGAGGAGCACGACGAAUGGUUUGGCCGGGAGUUGUAUAACGAUAAGGCUGGUUUGGUGGAUUUGGUCAAACUGGAAGAGGGAAUGCAAUUGGCAAUAGGUUCGAGCGAUCUGAGCUGCAUCCAGAUCAAGGAGGAAGAUCUAGAACUGCAUGAUGUCGGAAUAAUGUCCGGACCGUUGCUGUCCGAUGUGAAGGUGGAAGCGACUUCGUUGAUUCCUUGAAUGAAUGGUUGGACGUUUGGUGUGAAAAGCACUUCGCCGUGAUCUUUGAAGAUUGUAGAGCUACGUAAAGCGGUUCUUUUCCCAUAAACGAUGCGUCUUUUUUGAAAGCCCUAUG